UAGUAGCUUGCUUGCUUAUUAUCCAAUAGAAGAAACAGCUAGCCGUAUUAAAAUUAGGCACGUGCUAAUAAUACAGUACUUAUAUAUUUUCACGUGAUCUGGUAUAUAGUAGUAUAUCCUUACACGUGACCAAGCUAUAAGCUAGCUCCAUCGUCGUCUCGGAAAAUCAGUGGAUCGUCGACCGGACAUGGCCACCACGACCACCGAACGACCGACGGCGACGGCGAGCAACCACACCCAGCUGCUGCGGCUGUACCUGUCGCUGUCGACGACGGCGAGCAAGGUGAUCGCGAAGAAGCAGCACGGCGGCGUCAUCUGCAGCCACCAACAGCAGCAGCACCGGGCCGGCGGCGGCGCGUUCCGGUGCAAGACGUGCGGGCGCGCGUUCCCGACGUUCCAGGCGCUGGGCGGGCACCGGACGAGCCACAAGCGGCCGCUGGUGCGCGCGCACGGCCUCGACCUCCUCCUCGGCGCGCGCCCCGGCAAGGGCGCCGCCGCCACCGACGUGCACCGGUGCACCACCUGCGCCGCCGUGUUCCCCACCGGGCAGGCGCUCGGCGGACACAUGCGCCGGCACAGGGCAGCGGCGGCGGCGGCGGCGUUCGACUUCAAUGUCGCCGUGCACGGCGAGAGCGAGACGGCGGCAAGGGUUGCUGUUGAUGCCUGCUUGUCUGGAGAGAUGCAGGACGAGAGCGAGGAUGAUGUCGCGGGGCCCAUUAGGUUAUUCAAGUUCAUAUGAACAAUCAGUGGUUGCAUGAAAAAAAUAAUAAUUUAUACACAUGUUCAUUAUUACCUCAUUCGGUUAUAUAUACAUCACAAGAGGUUUAUUUUAUAUACUCAAUUGUUAGUUUGUCACUGUAAUAAUAAUAAUAAGUGUAUAGUCAUCCAUAUAUACAGUUUUAUUAUGGGGGGAAACAAUGUGUGUAUAAUGUUUAAAUGUUCUGGUUCUUUUUAUU